UUUCAUCACAUAGAUCAUAUGUGAUUGAUCAUCUUGUAUGAGCCCGCGUUCUUCUUUUGAAAUUGAAAGCGUUAAAUAAUGUCCUUUCGUGGUGGGGGGAGGUCUCGUGGUAGUAGAGGUCGUGUUGGAGGCAGAGGUAGAGGUCGUGGUGGCCGAAUUCAAGACUUUGGACCUCCGGAACAAGUUGUUGAACUUGGUGAAUUUUUCCAUUCCUGCGAAGAAGAUUUGGUGUGCAAGUGUUCAAAUGAAAAAGUUCCAUUCUUUAAUGCCCCUGUGUUCCUUGACGAUAAAUCACAAAUUGGUAAAGUGGAUGAUAUCUUUGGACCUAUUAACAGUUUUUAUUUUUCUGUCAAGCUUGGAGCUGGAAUGAACGCUACCAGUUUUAAUAAGAAGCAAAAAUUUUUUAUUGAUCCUGCUAAACUUCUUCCUCUGUCAAGAUUCUUGCCUAAACCACCCGGACAGAAAGGUCCUCGCGGUGGCGUUGGCUCCUUUGGUCGCGGAAGAGGAGGUCGUGGUGGCGGUCGUGGUAGUCGUGGUGGUCGAGGACGCGGCCGUGGUAAUAGAAGUAGUGGAGGAGGUCGAGGUGGUCGAGGGUUCCGUGGUCGUGGGAGAGGAUCUCGAUAGUGCUGACUGGAUCGGACCAUUAUUUUCUGGCAAUUUUUCUUGGAAGAAAAGAAAAUAGCCUAGAAAGAGGCCUGGAACAUUAUGUUUUAAUAAAUCUUGUCGUCAUUCUACCUCAUUACUGUGUUUAUUUUAAAUAGGCAACUUUGAAUAUUACCGUAAAUGCUCGUUUUAGCGCCGCUGCUCUCGGUACGCACUGCACUUAGGAACGGGAAAUUCAUUAAGCGCCAGUCUUGCAAAGUUAACAUGUUCGGCUAGCACUUUUCGACAGAUUUAACUGCGUAAUAUUGAUCAAAGUGACUUUGUAUUCGUGAAGACUGUAUCAUGUAAACAGUUAUUUGAAUCUUUAGUUGAGAUUUAGUCAAUAAGCGCUGCGCUGCUAAAACGAGAAUUUACGGUGUAUUUUAUAGUUGUUCCGAACAUUUUAGGUGGUAUAAAACAAUCACUACAAUUUAGUUAGUUAAGCGUCAUAAAAAAGCAAAGGUAAUUUUUACCAAUGCACAUAUAUCCAUAGAGGUUAUAAAUAACAAUCGCUGUGCAUAUAUCAUACAGAUAUCCAAUAAAUUAAUCGUUGCCUAGCAA